UUUUGGGUUGGUUUUACUGGUUGUAGGCGGGGAAUUAUAAAUUGCCACUUCUCCUCGAACACAGCAAUAUAAAUACGCUAAGAUAUAUUUUGUUCAACAUACACGAAUAGAUAUCUGGCUAAGCUUGCCUGUUUUGAUUUGUUUUUGUUUUGUUUUUUUAAUUCGUUGCAAAUGGUCAAAAUGAGUCUGUCGCUAAGGGUCGAUCUGUCUGCUGACAAGAAUAAAAAAAAGAGGAGAGAACUAACGGAUGAGCAGAAGAAUGAGAUUAAAGAAGCAUUCGAACUGUUUGACACCGACAAGGAUAAAGAAAUAGACUAUCAUGAACUAAAGGUGGCAAUGAGAGCCCUUGGUUUUGAGGUGAAGAAAGCUGAUGUUAUGACCAUCUUAAAAGACUUCAACCGAGGAGGCACUGGAAAAAUAACUUAUGAAAUGUUCAAAGAAGUUGUGACUGACAGGAUAUUGGAUCAGGAUCCAAAAGAAGAAAUUCUGAAGGCAUUUAAGUUGUUUGAUGACGACGACUCUGGGAAGAUCAGCUUGAAGAACCUGCGGCGUGUGGCCAGAGAGUUAGGAGAAGACAUGAGUGAUGAAGAGCUGAGGGCUAUGAUUGAUGAGUUUGACACUGAUGGAGACGGAGAGAUUAAUCAAGAGGAGUUCAUCUCUAUUAUGACCGGAGAUUCCUGAGGUGUACAGCGUGGUCAGAUCUUACCAAAUAUCCUGUAGCACAUGGACAGCAGCCAUGAUAUGGCUUCCUGUUUAGAAAAGAUUCUUAGAAAUAUCACUUGUGUGUACACCAUGUAAAACUUAAUUUAACUACUACAGUGAGGUACUGGAUUACUUUUUCGCAAGAUGUUCGUACUGUAAUACUAAAUAUUCGAAAUGUUGAAUAUUCUUAAACUUUGGAUAAUGCGACGCCCACUAGUCACUCAGUUACCGAUGGGGAGGGACUGAUUAAAUCUGGUAUUAUUUCUGUAGUUUUGUUAUAUUGCUAUUGAAGUUAAAUAACCCCAUGCAUGUACAUAUUUAUAAAACCGAGGUUGUAUACAGCA